AGUUAUCUGGUAAACUCAUUGAUCCUGCUUUCUAGUAUACCCCUCUUUUGUCUCUGUCUGCUGGAAUUCCCUUAUGAACCCUAACAUGUCUGGUCCUACCUGGCCUCCUCCGAAGACUCCGGGUAGCCCAGAGAGACCCGUCCCCCAGAUGUCCGGACCAGCCGUGUACAGACAGCCGCCCAAGAAGGUUUCCCGGGACACCCGGCCCAAAUAUGUGGUCCAUGACCAGAACAGAGACAGGAGGAGGAAUGGGCUCUAGGUACAUGGCUACAAGACCCACAGCUGGGCCCAUGCAGCACCACCACCAAGAGGACCCAAGGUUUCACCCUAAAUCUAAUGACCUCUACUACCAACCAUCUCCCCACGGUCUCAAAGAAGACCAGUCCUUGAACCCUCAUAUGGACCGAUUCCAGCUGAUGCACCGGGGACCUCCUAAGAAGCUGAUUGGACACCACUCUAACCGUGAUGCAGAGAUUGACUCGCUCACAUGCAUGCUGGCCGAUCUGGACAGCCAUCCACAAAACAGCGCACAGCUUAUUGACAACGACCACAUCUCAGGGGAUCGCUACAAACCCUCAGCCCAGCCAGGAGCAUCCUCACAGGGCAGGCUGUCCAUGGGUUUCCCCCCUCACCCCCAACCCCAGUACCAUCGUACACCCCCAUACCCCAGUGAUCCCCACCAGGGUCUCCAGUACUUCCCCCAGCCACACUACACCGACGCACAGGUCUCCAAACAGUACCCCCAGCCUGUCCCCGCCUCCUACACUACUGCCCUUACUGGCCCAAGGUUCAGUGUCCGGGUCAAAACAGCCCAGCCUCUCACCUACUCCCAAGCCGAGCAGGCUUACACCCCUCCCCCACACCGCCAGCACGCGUUGCGGUCCCCACCCAAAAAUCAGACUGGCCCCCAUGGCUGGUACCCUCCCCACCCCGCUUCCCAAGCCCAGGAGCUGCACUCUGAGAGGGGUUACAAGGGGAGUGCCGCAGGGUCUAGAGGGAGAGUCACCCACUGCCCCACGUCCAAUCGAGGCCCAGAGACUCACCAAUCAGGGUCAGGCUCGGCACCAAGCUCCGCCUACCAGCCCAGUAAGCAGGGGACAGCAGCUCCGAGGCCAGAAGAGGAGUUGGACCAGCUCACAAAGAAGUUGGUGUAUGACAUGAGUCAUCCCCAUACAGAGGAAGACUUUGGUCGCUGUGCACGUUGCGGCAACAACGUCCUUGGCGACGGCAGUGGCUGUAUCGCCAUGGAGCAGGUGUUCCACCUGGAGUGUAUAACUUGCAUCACCUGCCACGCCCAUCUCCGGGGGCAACCGUUCUACGCCCUGGACAAGCAGAGCUACUGCGAGAGCUGUUACAUUAGUAUCCUAGAGCGCUGCUUCAUGUGCUCCAAGCCCAUCCUGGACCGUAUCCUGCGGUCCAUGGGCAAUGCCUACCACGCGCGCUGCUUCAACUGUGUGGUGUGUGGCUGCUGCCUGGAUGGUGUGCCCUUCACUGUGGACGCCACCUACCAGAUCUACUGCAUAGACGACUUCCACAGGAAGUUUGCCCCUCGCUGCUCAGUGUGUGGCCAGGCCAUCAUGCCUGAGCUGGGCCAGGAUGCGGCGGUCAGUAUAGUGGCGCUGGGCCGCAACUUCCACGUCAACUGCUAUGUGUGUGAGGAGUGUGGUCUGCUCCUGUCCUCUGAGGAUGAGGGGCAAGGCUGUUACCUCCUGGACGGUCACAUCCUAUGUAAGGGCUGCAGCGCCCGGCACAUCCAGAUCCUCUCACCCAAAAUCUCCACUGACUGAUCACCAACUAUGAAAUCACCUCUGACCUUUAACCAAUGACCCCUCAACCCUUCCAUUACUUUAACCUGCUCUGCGGUAGAAUUUGCCCUAAGUAAUAGAUCUGGAAUCAGUUCUACUCCUGUGAUUCAUAACCUUAACCACAAGGGGGGAAAUGUUAACCUGACUUGAGAUCAGUCUUGAAGGGCAUCUUCAUCCCCCUUCACUUUCAUCCUCUCAUAGCCUUUAUUUUUCAGAUGCCCAAAGCUGAGGAGUCAGUAGUAGUAGUAGGUCUAUUAUUGAACCUCAAACUGACAGUCUUCAAUAUGAAGUCAUUAUUUAAUUUCACUUGACCAGGUUUAUUUGUACAGGGUAUUGAAACAUGGAUUGACAGUAAGUUCAACCCCUAUCCCCUUUCCUUAUCCUCUGCUUUACACUAUCACCUAUCCUCUCUAUUCUCUACCCCUACUCCCUUUCCACUACACUACACCCUAUCCCCUACCCCUCAGUCCCAUACCAGUACUGCAUAGAGCCCCUGACCUGCAGGCAGCAGGGGCUGCACUACCCCCAAACCCUUGACUGCAUCACUUCUCAUCUCUCACGCACUGUCCUGCAUGUUGCACACUGUCUCACACUAUCCUGCAUGUUGCACACUGUCUCACACUAUCCUGCACGUUGCACACUGUGUCACAUACUAUCCUGCAUGUUGCACGCUGUCUCUCACGCACCAUCCUGCAUAUUGCACAUUCUCACACACACCAUCCUGCCAGACACAGGUGGGACAUGGAAGGAGCUCUAUGGAAAAUAAUGAUUGCUUGAUAUUGACUAUGUGGACGAUCAUAAGUAGGGAAAUUAGGUGAUAUUGAGGAAGAGGAGGAUAAUGACGAGGAAUACAAAGUGUUCCUGGCUGUGGGGUAACUGACCAGUCCAGAUAAUGGAACGUAUAUUUUUGUAUACCACUAAAGUCAAUAACAGUGCUGAACUGCCUCAUAAGCAAAGUUCACAUAUGCAAGGUAUUUCUGUGACAGUUUAUAUUGCAAGUGGUUUUGGUUGUGGAGUGAAUGUGUUUGGAGACAUUUCAUUGGAGAGCAAGUGGGUGUAGUCAGUGUUGUGCAGUGAAUAGUUUUUAGAAAGGAGAAGGAAAGAAAGAUUGGUUAGAGAAGGAGAUCACUAAAGUUAAUGCUUUGAUCUCAUUGGAUGUUAAUAAUUUUUAUUUUAAAUGCAACCUUUUUAUUUAACUAGGCAACUCUGUUAAGCACAUUCUUAUUUACAAUGACGGCCUACCCCAGCCGAACCC